AUGCUAUCAAAUACUGCUGCAACUUUCACUGUUUCAAAAAUAUUUUUCUCUUUAUUUUUUUUAUUUCCUUCUUUUCUUUUAAAUAAUGCUUCUGAAUUAUCUUACUUAUCUCUGAAUGAAUCUAAUCAUUAUCCAAGUAAUGUAUUAGAAUAUCUAAAAGAUCCAAAAGAAAGAUCACACGAAUGGAAAGUGAACAGAUGGAAAAAUUGGAUGAACCAAUUGGAGGAAGAUUGGGAAGAAUUCAGCGAAACUCUACAAACUGAUAAUAAUGAGUGGAUCGAAGGAAAUGAAGAGAAAUGGGAAAUAUGGUUUGAAUCAAUUAAAAAAAAAUGGAUACAUUAUAAUAAAAAUUUAGAAAACGAAUAUAAAAAAGAUAUAUUGGCGGAAUCAUUAACGUGGGAUGAAACUAUGUGGAAAGUAUGGAUUAAUACAGAAGGAAGAGAACAUAUGGAGAAAGAAUGGAAAACAUGGAUUGCAGAAAAAGAAUCCAAUAUGUAUGAUUGGGUGGUUAAACAGUGGAGUCAAUGGAAAAGCGAAAAAAUAGAAGAAUGGGUAAACAGUAAAUGGAAACUUAAAGAAGAUGAAUAUUGGAAAAAAUGGGAACACAAAGUCAAGAAAUGGAAUAAAAUGAAGAAAAUGUUACAUUCAAAAGAAAAUAAUGAUUGGAUGAAAUGGAAACAAAGGGUAGAAAUGGAAAGGGAACAAUGGCUUGAUUGGGUAGAGUCCAAAGAUGAAAUAUUUAUAAAUCAAAAGUGGAAAAACUGGAAAAAAUGGAAAAAUAAUAAACGAAAUAUUUUUUAUAAAUGGGUAGACAACUAUAUUAACAAAUGGAUAGAUGAGAAAAAGUGGGUUCCUUUAGUUAAUGAAGUAAAAGAAUUGACGAAAAAGAAAGGUAGAUGA